CUCCAACACAAGUUGCUGUAACGUGGAGCACUCGAGCUUACAGUGUGGACCGCAACUUUCACCAGCGCAUCUCUCAUGACAGCGAAGGACAACAAGGCACAGCGAAGACAAACAAACUGGGAAGCAGAAGGAAACACAGCAGACUCUCACUGACUCAUAUUGUGAAAGGGAUUUACUGAGUGUGGCGCACCGUGUUUAACAAAAAAAGAAAAAAGAAAGAAAAAGAAAAAGAAGCGCACUGGCCACUUCCAUGCGCCCUUGACUUCAUUCUUUUUUUUUUUUAUUGAUAUUCACACCUUGUUUUCGGAUAUCUAAUUCCGGUGGGUCUGAAUAAAUAAUGUUAAAAAUGACAGAGGAGCAUGACAAGUGUGGCGGCGACCAGCCGUGCAGUCCAUCCGGCACAAACAGCUCCAUGUCUCAGGACGAGUCCGACUCAGACGCUCCGUCCUCGCCGACGGGAUCCGACGGCCAAGGAUCCCUGCUCACCGGUCUGGGCAAGAAACUGGACUGCGAGGAUGACGACCGGUUCCCGGCUUGCAUACGGGAAGCCGUUUCUCAGGUGCUCAAGGGAUACGACUGGUCCUUGGUGCCCAUGCCCGUGCGAGGGAGCGGAUCCAUGAAGAACAAACCCCACGUCAAAAGACCCAUGAAUGCGUUCAUGGUUUGGGCGCAGGCGGCGCGCAGAAAGCUGGCGGAUCAAUAUCCGCACCUGCACAACGCCGAACUGAGCAAGACGCUGGGGAAACUGUGGCGCUUGCUCUCAGAGAGUGAAAAGAGGCCGUUUGUUGAUGAAGCAGAAAGGCUCCGCGUUCAGCACAAGAAAGAUCACCCAGACUACAAGUACCAGCCUCGGCGACGGAAGAAUGUGAAGCCAGGCCAGAGUGACUCAGAUUCGGGAGCAGAACUGGCACAUCACAUGUAUAAAGCUGAACCCGGCAUGGGAGGACUGGCAGGGAUGACAGAUGGACACCACCACCCUGAACAUGCAGGUCAGCCCCAUGGUCCCCCAACACCACCCACCACUCCCAAAACAGAUCUGCACCACGGUGUGAAACAGGAUCUGAAGCAUGAAGGCCGUCGUCUUGUUGACAGCAGCAGGCAAAACAUCGACUUCAGCAACGUGGACAUCUCCGAGCUUAGCACUGAUGUCAUCAGCAACAUGGAGACCUUCGAUGUGCAUGAGUUCGACCAGUACCUCCCGCUCAACGGCCACACCUCAGGCUCCUCCGCCCUGCCCUCAGACCACAGCCACGGGCAGGCUCCAGCGCCCGGCAGCUCUUACACUUCCUCAUACGGCCACACAGGUGCCAACGGAUCAGUGUGGAGUCGCAAAGGCCCCAUGUCCUCCUCCUCCUCUUCCUCUGCCGGCGAGGUGGCCCAACAUCGGCUCCAUAUUAAAACGGAGCAACUGAGCCCCAGCCACUACAGCGAGCACUCCCAUGGGUCGCCCUCACACUCCGAUUAUGGCUCCUUCAGUAGCCAAGCCUGCGUCACCUCGGCCACAUCGGCUGCUGCAGCCGCGGCCUCUUUCUCCAGCUCCCAGUGUGACUAUACUGACCUCCAGAGCUCCAACUAUUACAACCCUUACUCUGGCUACCCUUCUAGCCUCUACCAGUACCCUUACUUCCACUCAUCCAGGCGGCCCUACACCAGCCCGAUCCUCAACAGUCUGUCCAUGGCUCCUGCCCACAGUCCCACUGCCUCCAGCUGGGACCAGCCCGUCUACACCACACUGUCUCGACCUUAGGGGCACGAGAAACAGUACAACCCCGGAGACUCAUUCAGACUCAUGCACUACUAAUGAAGGACGUACGGUGCGAGUGGAGGAGUGUGUGUAGAUGGUAGUAGGUUACCUGUGACGAUUUGAAACGUGAAACAAACAAAAGGAAAAAAAAAGUGCCUGCUGAUUUUAUACAAAGUUCUAGUGUUGCGAUGAAAACACACACGUAAGACUUUUUACAAAGACAAAUUGUGUUGUUGGUGAGCCAAAACUCCUCCAUGAGGACAUGUCGCCUACGCCUACAUCCCGUACAACCCCCCUCUUUCUAGUUUAAGAUUGCACGUAUGCGCACACUUGAGGUAAAGCAAAGGCCUGCCACUGAGCUGUGUAGGAGAGAAACAGUUUGGCCCAAUUUUGUUGUGAAGCAGAUGGAGAAGCAGAUACUUCUUCUUCUUCUUCUUCUUCUUGUUUUUAGGCUUCUCCCUUUAGGGGUCGCCACAGCGGAUCAUCUGCCUCCAUCUCACCCCACCCCUUGUGUCCUCUUCAUGGAGAAGCAGAUACUUUGGAGAAUAUACACGGGACCAAUUAUGUAAAUUUGCAGAAAGAUUUACAUUAAUGACCAGAGCUAUAUCUCAGCACAUUUUGUCCAUUUGCAUUGGUGGAUCCGUCUUAACUAAAUGGCUCAUAUGAAUCUUAUCUUAAGGUCAUUUUGGCAUAAAAGUCUUAUAUGUAUUUAUGUUCAUGCGUUAUUGGUUUCUUAUUUUUUUUUUGUUUCUUUCCAUUGUUUUUGUUUUUAAGUAGAUAAACACAUUUAAUGUGAGUUUGGUUAUUGACAGUACUGUUUGGCUUGUGUUGAAAAAAACAAAGUAAAUGAAGUUAAGGGUCAGUACAAUUUCAGUGCAUUUGACAUCAUUCCAUUAAAGACAAUUUCCUGUUCCAACUUCUCCGUCUCCGUUCCCGUUUUGCAAGACAGGACAAAUAGACCAAGCACAGGACAGAACAGGUGUUUGACAGCAAUGCUUGGCAAAUUGCGAUUAGUCAUGAUCGAGGGUUAAAGGAAAUGGGGUAAAAUAACACCGCACACUCUGAGUGACACGUCAGCUGGACCUCCUGUACAUGUGGAUGAGCAACAUGUGUACGCUCAUGUGUACGCAUGUGUGUGUGUGUGUGUCAGGGAGACAGAGUGCAUCUCUUUGUGAGCGCCAUUUCCUUGGAGAAGAGACACCUAUCCUAUGACACCGGUGAUGCCUAAAACAACUUUUUACUGAAAAUGACUUUGUGGAUUAUUUAAUGCGAAGUAGGCUUUAAAGAAGAGUUUAAGUGUGUGUGUAAUAGCCUAAAUAUAUCUCCAGCAUCCCCAUGCCAACUCACUGCUGCGGUCUCGCGCAAAAAAACCCCAACAAAAAAACAAAAAAAACGUUUUUGUGCCUUCUAAUGCUUAUCGUCAGUAUUUCAGUAAGAAAAAAGCGGAUUAUUAACAAACUUGCGGCAGCACACAAUCAGUAAGCUACACCAGGAAAACCCUGCAAUUAAUUUGAUUUUAUUCCUAAUUCGACAUCAUUCCUUACAGCCUUGGUUUGUGAUGUUCUGUGAGACGCUUUAUGAGAAACGUGCGGAGCGUCGUGCUCCGAGUUCUUCCUCCACGGAACUGUGUUUUGUAUAUUACUCUGGUGUAUAAUUGUAUAAGAGAGGCUGUGAAAAUGAUUGUUGUUCUAUUAACUCAAGUUUGAUUCACACAUGCACAGCUAACCCAUUUGCUGGCCAUUUUUUAAAAAAAAUAAAUAAAUAAAAGAUACUUUUCUUCAUA